UUCUACGCGCAGGACAUGGCGCGACUCACGGCCAAGAAACUUUUCGCGUUUUGUCUUUGCGCCUCAGCGAGUGUUUUCCUCAUCAUCACACUUCAGGUGGUGGAGGAGCUGGGCCAGUUCGAGCAGGCGGUGCACACACUCCCCCUAAAGGACAGAGAGGAGUUAACACAGAUCCAGGCUUUUCCUGCGAGAGCUGCGACCACUGAUGAUGGAGUAUCUCCAGGCUCCGAGGGCCGUUACCCCAUUAUUGUAUGGUGGUCUCCACUGACCGGAGAGAUGGGCCGGCUCGGGGAGUGUGGACAUAACAGAUGUUUUUUCACCGUUAACAAAUCCUACCAUUCUCAUCCUUCUACACAGGCCUUCCUGUUUUAUGGUACUGACUUCAGUGUAGAAAGUCUCCCUUUACCAAGGAAACAUCAGCACCACUGGGCUCUUUUCCAUGAGGAGUCGCCUAAGAACAACUACAAGCUCUUCCACAAGCCUGUCAUCACCCUGUUCAACCACACAGCCACCUUUAGCCAUCACUCCCACCUCCCCCUCACCACACAACACCUGGAGAGCCUCCACGCCCUCACCUCCCACACCUUCUUGCUCCCUCUGGCCCAGAAGAACCAGCUGAGACACACUCUGGCUCCUGUGGUGUACGUCCAGUCGGACUGCGACCCACCGUCAGACCGGGAUGUCUACGUGCGGGAGCUCAUGAAGCACAUCCCGGUCGACUCCUACGGCCAGUGCCUGCACAACAAGGAUCUCCCCGUCCACUUGAGAGACUCCUUUGCCAUGGAUGAGGAGAGCUUCUAUCACAUCCUAGCCCAGUAUAAGUUUAUUCUAGCGUAUGAAAACGCCAUCUGUGAUGACUACAUCACGGAGAAACUCUGGCGGCCCCUCAAGCUCGGUGUGGUCCCUGUGUACUAUGGGGCCCCCAAUGUUUACAUGUGGCUUCCAAGUAACAGAAGUGCAAUAGUGGUGGACCCGAAGCAGUCUCCAGAGGAACUGGCCCAGUAUAUAGCGAGUCUGGACAAAAACGACCAGGAGUAUUUAACAUACCUGGACUGGAAGCUAAAACAGGAGAUCUCAAAUCAAAGACUUUUCAAAGAAGUGAUGGAGCGUCAGUGGGGUGUCCAGGACAUCGCUCAGGAUAACUUUAUUGAUGUCUUUGAGUGCAUGGUGUGCAACAGGGUGUGGGAGAACAACAACAGACAAAGGGAGGGUUUGGUCCCCAGAGUGUGGCAGGCUGAGGAACAUCAUCUCACAUGUCCACCUCCAAAGAUGUUUGAUUUUGCUGUAGAUCAUUCUAACAGCUCUACUCUGCGCCACAUCUGGAGAGCCAGUUAUGAGCAGUCAGUGAGAGAAGCCCGAGCUCUGAGACGACUGACUCUGAGGAACAGGAACUUCACAGCUACACAGUUCUGGAGGGAGGUGUUCAGAGACUGAGUAAACACAGACUGAGACAUGAAGUGUGAUUAAUGCUUAAAAAGGCAUUAAAUAAUGCUUCAAUAACUGAAUAUUAUAGUGGUUGAGUGAGAGAGAGAGAGAGAGAGAGAGACAGAUAGAGACAGAGAAAGAGAGAUGGAGAGAGAGACAGACAGAGAUAGAGAGAGGAAGAGGAAGAGAGAGAAAGUGCUCUAUCUUACAGCAGUUAGACCUGUUUCUUCUUCUGAUCUGACCAGCAGCAUAAGCAUCAUUAAUAUGCAGGUAGGGUCACAGUCUGGUAUUUUCUAAUCCCUGUUCAGACAACAUGUGAACCUAUGAUUUUAGUCUGAUAUAGUUGUUCAUAUUAAAAUAGUAUUUUAUGCACAUCUGUAAUUUUUCAUACUGAGAUGCAAAAACGAGAGAAUGCUUCAGUAGCUCUGUGACCGUCCUUGGAUUUCAGCUCAUGUCCCUUCUGUAACCAUUUCUUUUUUUAUUAUUUAAUUAUUGUCAUUGUUUUAAUAAUAAACAGUUGGCUUUAAAUACACCAUUUACCUGAACAUGUUUCUGUACUAAACUGAGAUACAGGAUCUCCAACAUCUCAAGGCGGUGUAAUCUUGCUUAAACUAGCCUUGUACAUACCUGCAGAUUUUAGUAUCAAACAAUUACGCUGCUUUAGGAAAUAUGAGCAGUGCACAGAAUAAAUUUACAAAUUUAGCAUGGGCUGAAAGGCCACCUGAGGUGAAACCGAUAGAAAUCAAUAGCAUCAGUGUGCUGCAGAAAGCUCACGUCUCCACAAAUAGAGCUUGCACAGCGUCUAUAGUUAGUGCGCUAUAUUUGUGCCUUAAAAAGUUUUAUCGGCUCUAGUAAUUUUAGCCCUUAAGGGGGGGUAUUAAGGCCUGUGGUACUCCAUAAACUCUUGUACCUAUGCAUCUUAUAUAUAUAUAUAUAUAUACACACACACACUUUGCAUGUCAAAGGGACUACAUUUAAAUAUAGUGCAUGUUUUUGACCCCCCAGAAAGGCUGACCGAAAUCAACUGCACUGACCUGAACAUUGUGUUUAUGAUCCAGACUUAGGCCAGGAACUAAAUCUCCAGCAUGUUAUAGAUAUAAAAAGAAAUAUUUUCAUGUACUUGAUGCCAAGAGCAGUAUUACACUUUGCGAUUGUUUGUUGAACAAAGUGCUGAAUCUGAGAUAAAUAUUAUAUCUGUAACCAAAAAUGUAAGUGCCUUUCUGUAUCGCUAAUAAAAAAAAAAAAAAAAACACAGAU